ACUGUUUCCGGCUCAUCACCGCAGUUCGUUCCCGAUCACAUUCAACUUUGCUGUAGCCGCAUGAUCAACUUCCCACAGAAGCACUGCUCCGUGUCUGCUGUUGCCGAGCCAAGCUGGUCAGUUAACGGCGGCGUGCUUGCGCAAGACAUCGAGCAUCAGAAUCUGACGUACAUCUGGUCUGAUGUGAAGGACUACAAGCCACUGUGUACAACGAACAUGACCGAUCAAGACGAGGGCGUAUGCUCUAUUGGCGGUGAAUUCGAUGACAGCACUAUUACGGAAGCGAGCGUACGACCACUGCUGAGUUCCAUAUGGAAGUGCCUCAAUGAUUCAGUGGACGACUUAGACUACCAACACUUUCCAGUCAGUUGCGAACCGCGAGGUUCUUCAUUGGUCGAAAACUGGUCUGAAAUCACUGGUAUGGAGCCUGAAAGAGCGCACUUCGACUGCUUCGACUGCGAAUCGCACAUAAAGCUUUAA